AAUCAUUUUAUCUUAAUUAACUAAGUUACGUUCUUCUUCUUGUCGGUGUAAGAAACAGACCGAUAGAGAGACAGAGAGAGAGAAUGUUGGAGUUGAUAAAAGAAAAGGUGGUGAUCAUGUUGAAUGCAUGUGAAGGUCGUGUAUACAAAGAGAUGGCCAAGUUUGGAGCAGAUAUGAGUUCAAAGUAUGGGAUAUCUCCGAGCACUGCAAUAUCACUGAUCCUGGGCUUCGUUUGCUUGUACAUGUUGGGGAGGCGUCUCUGGGAGCCGAAGCCGAAGUCGAAGCCGAAGCCCAAGCCCGUUCUUGAAAGGUCCAAGUCAUUGGCAAACAUAUAUGGGGGUGAUUUUGCACUGAGGAGACUUGAAGACCAUAACAUAGCCAAGGCCAUACCCUACGUUUUCGAACGCAGUGAUCUUGUUUUGAAGGGUCUGCUUGAGGAAGAACAUCUUGACUUGAAGAAGCUCCAGAGCGUGAUGGCAAGGCUGGAGAUGGCAGGAAAGGAAGAAGAAGGAGUGAAGUUACUGAAAGAAGCAAAAGAAAAGAAUAUUCAAUUGGAAAAAUCUCAUCACGUUUACGAGAUUGACAUGUUGCUUGUCGAAAUGCUCAUCUACUUGGGAAAACAUGAUGAAGCCAAGAGUUGUGAAUGCUUGAAACAUCAAGAAAUGAUGCUACUUGAUGCUCGACGUCCACUCUUUAAGGCAAUUAUAUAUGGAAUGAGGGAAGAUUGGAUAACAGCUGAAAGUUUUUGGAGGAAAUUCGAAGAUAUGAGGGAAGACAUCAUGAAAAUGGUGGGGCAGGAAGGUCCUUGUCCUGAAAUUAAAGGUUUCGAAAACUUCAAAGAGGAAAUCCAGCAUCUUCAUAAUCAAAUUGAUCAUAAGUCUCAGCGCAGUGAUCUUAUUUUGAAGCGUCUGCUUCAGGAUCAACAUCCUGACUUGAACAAGCUCCUGAGUGUGAUAACAAGGCCGGACAUGGCUGGAUCAAUGGGAGAUGAAGGAGUGAAGUUACUAAGGGAGGCAGCCGAAAGGAGAAGAGCUGAGGCUCGCAAAUCUUUUGACGUUAACGAUAUUGAAAUGUUACUUGUCGAGUUGCUAAUCUAUCAGGGAAAACCUGAUGAAGCCUUGAAAUGUCAAUGCUUGAAUCCAGAAAAUGCACUUGACGCUCGACGUCCACUCUUCAAGGCAGUGAUAUAUGGAAUGCGGAAUGAGUGGGGAAAGGCGGAAAGAUUUUGGAAUGAAUUCGUAAAUGUGAAAGGAAAAUCUAUGGCAAACGUGGGACUGGACGGCCUUUUCCAUGAAAUUACUGAUUUCCAAGUGUUCAAAGAAAAAGUCCAACAUCUUCGGAAUCAAAUCACCAACAAAAUUCCUUCAACAUAAUACUAUGAUGUCGCAGUAUAUGGUGAAGCAAAUAUUUGUUAUUCUAUAUCAUAUCCAUUUCAAUGUUUUUCUAUUUAUUUAUUGUAAUAAAAAUACAUUACUCUGUUUUACAUUCA